ACAGAGUGUGGCAUCGAUAUCAGAGCAGCCUCAGUGUACUCAGGAGUGUUCACACAGAUCUUUAAAGAGGAGAGAGGACUGUACCAGGACAAGGUGUUCUGCUUCAUCCAUCUAAGUUUUCAAGAGUUUCUAGCUGCUCUUCAUGUCCAUCUGACCUUAGUCAAGUCUGGACUCAAUCUGCUGGAAGAACAAAAAACAACCUUCGUGAAGUCUGAAAAAAGAGAAUCUGGAGAAACACACUUAUACCAGAGUGCUGUGGACAAGGCCUUGCAGAGUCCAAAUGGACACCUAGAUUUGUUCCUCCGUUUCCUCCUGGGUCUUUCACUGCAGACCAAUCAGAAUCUCCUACGAGGUCUGCUGACACAGACACGAAGCUGUUCACUUACCAAUCAGGAAACAGUCCAGUACAUCAAGGAGAUGCUUAGUGAGAAUCUGUCUGCAGAGAAAAGCAUCAAUCUGCUCCACUGUCUGAAUGAACUGAAUGAUCAUUCUCUAGUGGAGGAGAUCCAACAGUCCCUGAGAUCAGGAAGUCUCUCCACAGAUAAACCGUCUCCUGCUCAGUGGUCAGCUCUGGCCUUCAUAUUGCUGUCAUCAGAGAAAGAUCUAGAUGUGUUUGACCUGAAGAAAUACUCUGCUUCAGAGGAGGCUCUUCUGAGGCUGCUGCCAGUGGUCAAAGCCUCCAACAAAGCUCUACUGAGUGGCUGUAACCUCUCAGAGAGAAGCCUUGAAACCCUGUCCUCAGUUGUUAGCUCUCAGUCCUCUAGUCUGAAAGAGCUGGACCUGAGUAACAAUAACCUACAGGAUUCAGGAGUGAAGCUUCUGUGCGUUGGGAUAGGAAGUCAACACUGCAAACUAGAAACUCUAAG